AUGCCUAUAUAUGAUCAAUGGUGGUUUCGUGCAUUUGUCGCAGUUGUUAUGUUUUUCGGGUGUCAGUUAUGCUUUAUGGUCUCUAGACUACAGAAUUUGGACGAGGAAAAGGUCAAUCUUCAGGCUGAGGUCCAAACACUGGAACGAAAACGUGAUGCAUUACUAAUGGACAUAGCUACUAAGGAGCGUGAAAUAUUACGACUGGAUAAGAAAGAACAACAGUUGGAGGUUUUGGUUCGCGACCGGCUGAGUCUUGUGCCGACUCGACGAAAGAGCGAUCCAGUGAUCUACUUUAUUACUCCCACAAGCUUCCGUCCUGCGCAGAGAGCUGAUCUAACUCGGCUCUCCUACGCCCUUUCACACAUUCCAAACCUGUACUGGAUUGUGGUCGAGGAUUCCGAUACAACUUCAGAGAGCGUGGCAGAAAUACUCAAAAGAUCUCGUCUUCCUUAUACCCAUAUCAAUGUGAAGACUCCUGAAGACAAGAAGAUGAAGUACUCGGAUCCAAGCUGGUAUUUGCCACGUGGUGUUGCUCAGCGAAAUGCUGCUUUAGCGUGGAUCAGAACGCAGCUGUCGGAUGUCAAAAAUGGUGCUGUUUAUUUUGGCGAUGACGACAACACAUAUGACUUACGAUUGUUUGAUGAGAUAAGAUCGAUAAAUGUGGCAGGAAUCUGGCCUGUAGGCAUAGUAGGCGGUCUCGUUGUGGAAAGACCUCUGUUGGCCGAAAAUGGAACAAUUGUUGGUUUUAACGCAAUUUGGAAGCCGGAUCGCCAAUUUCCUAUUGAUAUGGCAGCGUUUGCCGUAAACAUUACUAUGGUAACAUCUCACCCUGAUGCUGGUUUUUCUUAUGAUGUAGCAAGAGGAUAUCAAGAGUCGCAUUUUCUCACAGGGUUGGGAUUGUCUCGAAGCGAUCUCGAACCCAAGGCGGCACUAUGCUCCAAAGUCUAUGUGUGGCACACUAGGACCGAAAAAGGCAAAUUCUCAAAAGAGGAUUGGAAAAGAAUAUCUUCAAAGGAUAGGGAACUGUUCGAUGACAUCGAAGCUCACGCUCUUGGACUUUAA